AUGCGUUUUCGUAAACUGACUCUACUUAUGUGGAAAAAUUACCGAUGGCGUCGACAUUUCUGGGUAUGGACGCUGAUAGAAGCCUUAGUACCAGUUUUCAUAGCUAUUUAUAUACCGUACGUGAUUCUGCUGAAACCAAAUUCGUGGGCUAAAUCAACCGUUACUAAAUAUCAGUCAUCGUUUAAUCCCACGAAUAAUAAAACUUUCAUACUGUAUAAAACAGUUUUAACUAAUGUAUUAGCUUACACACCUUGGAAUCCGUCCAAUCAACAGAUCGUAGAAAAUGUCGUAAAUAUAUUGAAUGGACUUUCUAUCGAAGACUACGAAAACACUAAGAAAACAAUGACGGUGAAAAACUUUUCGAGUGAAAAUGAUUUAGAAUCGUUCAUGUUUAAUCGUACUGCUUGCGGCACGUGUAUUGGAAUUGUUUUCGAACAAUCGUCGCAUGAUGUAUUUCGGUAUAAGUUGAGAUUGAAUGAUUUUACCAAAACAUUAGGAUCACGUGUGUUGAGAGAAAAACCUGCGCCUGCUCAACAUGACGUAUACGUAGAAAGAGGCUUCGCAGGAAUCCAGUUGUUAUUGAAUGAAGAAUUUAUACGCAUGCAAAUUAAUAAAACAGAUUGGCAUCCACCCGAGUUUCAUCCAGCAUUCCUGGAAUUUCCUGUUCCUGAAUACGAAACCAGCACAAUUCCUAGGAAUGGUUUUAUAACCAUAGCGUCUCUAAGCAUUAUCAUUACUUCUGUAGCAUUAUCUAUUCCUUUCAUAAAUGCUGUUAUUCAAGAGAAAGAAACCGGUGUUAUGGAAUUAAUGAAGAUACACGGUGUAGAAGAAUGGAUGAUUUGGCUUAGUUGGCUAAUUCACGCCUUUAUAGUGCCUGCAAUAUCGCUAACUUUGAUGACAUUGGUUUUCAAAACCUCCGCAUUAAGUAAUGGCAUAGAACUUGUCCGUUACGUGUCUUUUCCAGCUCUUUGGUUGCUGUUUAUGAUGUACAGUCUCGCAAAUAUAUCGUUCAUUUGCUUGUUUUGCGCAAUUUUUCACAAAGGUAUCGUUGCUUCUUUCACUUUCAUAGUUGUGCUGAUCGCUAAUUUUCUAUGGAUCGCUUUUUACCACGAAUUAAACCUUCAGAGCACCGCGAUAUUUAUUGCUUUAAUUCCAGCCUCUGCUUUUGCUAUAGCUAUUGAAACUGUGCAAAAAUACGAACUUCUAGGCGAAUCAUUUGGUCUGACAUCUUUCGGAUCCAUUUUUUAUUCAGUUGGUAUGCUACUAUUUGAUAUUGUUCUAUACUCAUUGCUCACAUUAUACAUUACAUCUAUAAAUCCUGGAACCCACGGUGUGCCGAAAAAACCUUUAUUUUUUCUGGAAUCUCUUUUAAAAAAAGAUGAAAAGAAGAAAGAAUCGACGAAUGAAUUACAAAUAUUGACCGGUACACAAAUAAAUUACAACGAAUCUUCGUCCUCUCAGCUCAGACCAUUGAUAACGAUUAAAAAUCUAACCAAACAGUACGGAUCUUCGUAUGCCAUUAGUGCAGUUGAUCUUGUAAUUUAUGAAAACGAAAUAAUUGCUGUUUUAGGACAUAAUGGAGCUGGUAAAACUGCUCUUUUAACUUCAAUAGCAGGUUUAAGCUCGUACGAUGAAGGGACCUUAUUUUACAGAGGAGCCGAAUUGAAAGAUAACUUGGACACAUUGCGAACAAAUUUGGGAAUUUGUUUUCAAGAAGAUAGAUUAUUCGAUUAUUUAUCGGUUGCGGAUCAUCUUAAAUUUUACGCUAUGUGUUUAAUAAUAGGUGGUAUCGGAGCUGCGAAGUUGAUAACUAUUGAUACUCGUAUUGUUUAG